UUAUUAAUAAAUAAACGGUAGUAUUAUAAAGCCAUUAUGAAAAGGACUUCAAACAAUUUGUUGAAUUAUUUUACAAAAAAACAAAAUAUUAUACAUAAUAUAGAAGCUUCUGAGGAAAUGGUAUGGACUAUAGUUCGACCUUAAAAGGAGAGUUUGAAUUAUGGCAAAUGAAGUGGGAAACAGAAACAGUAAUUCCAACCAACUCUCUUGAUACAUUAUUGAAUUGUCCAGCAGAUAUUUUUCCUAAUAUAUAUACAAUAUUGAAAAUUUUUUCAAUCCUGCCAGUUACAACAGCUUCAGUUGAAAGAAGUUUUUCAACUCUUAAGCGUAUAAAAACCUAUUUAAGAAAUUCAACUAUUGAAAAUAGACUUAAUGGUCUAGCACUGCUAAAUGUACAUAGGAAUAUAGAUAUAGACAUAGAGUCAUUAAUUGAUGUUUUUGCCAACAGAAAAGAAAGACGUAUAAACUUUAAAUUAUAA